ACGUGUGUAGAAGACAGCAGACACCUCGGCAGUCAGGCCGAGACAAGCAACGGACUAACCGGACGGAACCGGCCAUUGGCCGCAUCGGGUCAUCAUGAUCAAGGUCGACGAAAACUAUCCGGCGCAAGAACUCGCCCCGGCCUUCCCGUACCGGCAGGUUCAACUCAAGCAGGAGGUCGACCCGCGCCAGUCGUUCGACAUUCUGCCCGAGCUGGGCCGGGGCACCUUCGGCACGGUGUUCCUCUGCCGGGACAAAGCCAGCGGGCUCGAGUUGGCCGCCAAAAUCGUACCCUGCAAGAAGAAAAAGGAACGCACCGACGCGCUGCGGGAGAUCGACAUCAUGAGCUGCCUGCACCACCCGCGGCUGAUCCAGCUGUACGAUGCGUUCGACUACGAGAACAAAGUUUAUGUGAUACUAGAACUAGUCCAAGGUGGUGAGCUGUUUGAGCGGGUCAUAGACGAUGACUUUGUGCUGACCGAGAAAGCGUGCGCCGUCUUCAUGAAACAGAUCUGCGAAGGCAUGGAGUACAUCCACAGCCGGAGUAUAAUUCAUCUGGACAUGAAGCCGGAAAACAUCCUCUGCCUAACAAAGACUGGAAAUCGAAUCAAAAUCAUCGAUUUUGGUUUUGCCAGACGAUAUGACAAAAAUAAAAAGCUUCAGGUCAUGUUCGGUACUCCGGAGUUCACAGCUCCGGAGGUGUUAAACUACGAUGAAAUCUACUUCUACACCGACAUGUGGAGUUUGGGAGUGAUAUGCUAUGUGCUCUUGUCGGGUCUGUCACCGUUCGUGGGUGGGAACGAUCUGGCCACCAUGAACAACGUCAACAGUGGCAAGUUUUCGUUCAAGUACAGCUCGUUCGAGGCCGUGUCCGAGGACGCCAAGGACUUUGUCCGGAAGCUGCUGGCGGACGGGACCCAGCGGUUGACCGCCCGGCAGGCCCUCCAGCACAAGUGGCUCGCGGAGACGACGACGGCCCAGAGCACGACCGAACUGUCUAUAACAAAAACAAAAUUGAAACGUUAUGUUAUUAAGAAACGGUGGACCAAGGCGGUCAACACGAUCAUCGCGCUCCGGCGGAUGGGCGCCCGGAUCGACUUUGAUCUGGUUUGAAGAAUGGGGGAUGCGAACGGCAGGAGGAGGACGUGGUGGCCAACCGGCCUGUCCGUCGCGGGCCAACGAGAACGGGUAACACACAUACUCACAGAGAAAGAGAAACCAGAUACAUUUUAUUCGUAGGGUACAUUCGCUAGUUAGGACUGUAACUGAAUUCAUUUCGCUUAGAAGUAAGGUAAAGUUAUUAGUUAAAAUCGCAUUAAGACGCACCGAUAGAAUAGAAACUUUUGUUUACUACCCCUUCAAAUGUUGUAAAAUACAAAAAAAAAGAUUUAAGUUAAAAA